UGGGAUCAAUCAAAAUUUGUCCCCAUCUCCACAGCACCACACACACACACACACAGAAAAUCAAUCAAUCAAUCAAUCGGUCGAUCGAUCCAAAUUGAUCACAAACAAUUUUAGGUGAAGAUGGGUGUUGCGAAGAACGAUGUUAGCGUGGACGAAGGAACGCUUGAAAUCGGGAUGGAAUAUAGAACCGUCUCUGGAGUUGCUGGACCGCUGGUCAUCCUUGAUAAAGUCAAGGGACCAAAGUAUCAAGAGAUUGUCAAUAUCCGUUUAGGAGAUGGUUCCAUCAGACGUGGUCAGGUUUUGGAAGUUGACGGAGAGAAGGCUGUUGUCCAGGUCUUCGAAGGGACAUCUGGAAUUGACAACAAGUUCACAACCGUGCAGUUCACUGGGGAGGUCUUAAAAACUCCUGUUUCCAUGGACAUGCUCGGGCGCAUAUUCAAUGGCUCGGGGAAGCCUAUUGAUAAUGGUCCACCUAUUUUACCCGAGGCUUACCUGGAUAUUUCUGGUAGUUCCAUCAAUCCAAGUGAGAGAACAUAUCCUGAAGAAAUGAUACAGACUGGCAUCUCUACAAUUGAUGUCAUGAACUCAAUUGCUAGAGGGCAAAAGAUUCCUUUAUUUUCUGCUGCUGGUCUUCCUCACAAUGAGAUUGCUGCUCAGAUCUGUCGUCAAGCUGGUUUGGUCAAGCGUUUGGAGAAAACUGAAAACUUGCUUGAGGCGGGUGGAGAAGAGGACAACUUUGCCAUUGUUUUUGCAGCUAUGGGUGUAAACAUGGAGACUGCACAAUUCUUUAAACGUGAUUUCGAGGAAAACGGAUCAAUGGAAAGAGUGACUCUUUUUCUAAAUCUUGCCAAUGACCCUACAAUAGAGCGUAUCAUCACUCCUCGUAUUGCUUUAACAACAGCAGAGUAUCUAGCAUAUGAAUGUGGCAAGCACGUUCUUGUCAUCUUAACAGAUAUGAGCUCUUAUGCUGAUGCUCUGCGUGAGGUCUCUGCUGCUAGAGAGGAAGUACCUGGAAGACGUGGUUAUCCUGGGUAUAUGUAUACUGAUCUGGCAACAAUCUAUGAGCGGGCUGGACGUAUUGAAGGACGAACGGGCUCUAUCACACAAAUUCCCAUUUUGACUAUGCCUAAUGAUGAUAUCACACAUCCAACUCCUGAUCUUACGGGGUAUAUUACCGAGGGACAGAUAUACAUCGAUAGACAGCUUCACAACAGACAGAUUUACCCUCCGAUCAAUGUGCUUCCAUCUCUAUCUCGAUUGAUGAAGAGUGCUAUUGGUGAGGGUAUGACUCGCAAAGACCAUUCUGAUGUCUCGAAUCAGUUAUAUGCAAAUUAUGCCAUUGGUAAAGAUGUCCAGGCUAUGAAGGCCGUGGUUGGAGAAGAAGCUCUCUCUUCUGAGGAUUUGCUAUACUUGGAAUUUUUGGACAAGUUUGAGAGGAAGUUUGUGGCCCAGGGAGCAUAUGACACCCGAAACAUCUUCCAGUCACUAGAUCUAGCAUGGACGCUUUUGAGGAUCUUUCCCCGUGAGCUUCUUCAUCGUAUUCCAGCCAAGACCCUUGAUGCCUUCUAUAGCCGUGAGGCAACCAACUGAAAGGACCUGGGUUUCUUAUGGAAGUUAUGGUAGUUAUUUAUUGAAUGUUUUUCGUAUUUUGGCAUAAAUAAAAAGGGUUGUAAUUUUGUGUUUGAUUUUGUUGAAAGCCUAUGCGCCUUGGCUGUUGAUUCUCUUUCAUAAGAGGCGGUUAGGUGAUGUAAUUUAUGGUCUGUUUGUUAGCAGCGCUGAGUAUAACACAUUUAGUGUUUUUGCAGUCGAGAGGGGUGUUCGAAUUUGGUUAAAAGCCAUUAUCAUUCUUUCAUUGUUGUUUCCUGCUAAAACGGGACUCUUUGUUGCUCGUGAAUGUUAUUUGGAAUGAAUUUAAAUUAUAUUCUAUUA